AUGAGCCAACUAUCGCAUCGCCUCGCUCGACCAACCAUUCAUGGAAACGGGCCAUGCAACAUCUAUUGUCAGGAACCGGUUAACGACGCAGAGUCUGGCCACGCUGUGAAUGUUCGACGUCGAUUUAACUCAGGAAGUGUGCAGAGGCCACCCAGUAUUCUUAGUGGUCUUCGAGGGCUCGUAGGUCGACCGCGAUCUGAGAGUCUCAGCACUCAGUUACAAAAGAAGCCAGUCAAGCUCAAGAAAGUGCAGGUGAACGGCUGCACACUGUCUUCAGUAUACGAUCUGCGCGAGGGCGAUGAGGGUUCGUCCGACCUGUACGACGACGAUUGGGCGUUCCGUAGGCCAAGAAGUAACAGCUCGGAUUUCCUCAUCCUACGAAAAACAUCGCGACCUCUCAGCGUCGACGUGGUGGGUCUUGUAGACUCGCAGUCUGAUCCCUACCGACAGUACAUGCGAGUUGUGGACUGCUACGAGUUGGCGCCGCCAACCGGGAAUGUCAUUGCUCUUGACAAGUCUAUAAAGGUGGACAGAGCGUUCUCGGCCUUAUGUGAACAAAACGUUCGUGCGGGUCUCGUCUGGGAUUCCUCCCAACAAAGAAUAGCGGCAUUAGUCACAUUAACCGACUUUAUAAUGUAUCUGCGCGAUAACGCUUCCAAGUGUUCUACAAGUGAAGUCGGGGAAUUGAUAUCAAAUAGUUCACUCGUCACCGUUUCAGCUGAUGCAAAAAUAAUCGAAGCUUGCGAAGAGUUCUGUCUGCAUCGCGUACAUCGAAUCAUCGUUCGUGAUACACAGUCUGGAGACAUCCUCUACCUGCUCACGAUUAAAAGAGUUCUUCAAGCGAUACACAAGCAGAACCGUUCUUUACAUUUUGCCCAAUGGUUGAGUUGUCCUAUUAAGGACUCUGGAGUAGGAACAUGGGAGAAAACAAUUCACUCCGUCACUCUCACCGACUGUUUGGACGACGUCGCAGUAACACUGCUUUCCCAGCAACUUUCCUCCCUCCCCGUCAUUGACGAAAAUGGGAAAGCUUGUGACGUUGUAACUAAAGCUGACAUUGCAAUGGCUCUCAUGGAAGCAAGCAGUCCUCAGAGGUUUCUUGCCGACACUGCCGUGUCAGCAGUGCUCGGUCGUCGUCCUGCGCCAGCGUUCAUUCGUCCACAAGAUACGGUUGGAAAGGUGCUGGAUGCUUUGUUAGAAGCCAGUCAUAUGCGUUGUGUGUUCAUCGUGGACGAUCAUCUGAGGCCGAUCGCCUGCGUCUCACAAUCAGAUGUUAUCUCUCAUCUGAUCUACGAUGAAGCUCCUUUCCAGAAGUCGAGAGAACCAUUGUAG